ACAACGAGGCUUACAUAGCUUUUGACAGGUGACACUCCAUAGGCUUAAUCACCCAGUCGCACCGCUUUGAGGUGCCACACACCCGCCGUGGAUUGUUGUAUGGUUUCCCACACAAAGGGCCUGGGGGAACUCUAGCGAGGUAAAUCCAUCGUCUGCAAUCGACACGGUUGUCGCGUAGUGACAUAGCAUGUGUAGACGGAGUAUUGUGCGAGUCAGCUCAGUAUUGGAAUUCACUUCGUCGAGAUCCACACACUUCGGUUUCAGGCUCUCGCAACUCAGCUGACUUACUUCAAUUUCUGUUCUACAACAAAUGGUACAUUCUCUCUUGCCAGAUUGUGCACUUUUGGAUUUAUUUUACAGGAAUAUAACGUCGCAUAUGAAGAAAAAAGUCUUUAAUUUCAUCUGAAUGAUCCGACACACACAUGCCUUUUGAUUUUAUUUAUACUCCAAAAGCGAUCUGAUAGAUGAAGGAUGUUGCAAUAGUCAGGAGAUAUUGGUAAUUUCAAGAGAAGAGAAGUUCAUGAAUAUCCCCAUGGUGUUGGUCGGAAGAGAGACGCCCUCUCUAGAGCGCUAACAUCCAACCUUCAAGAUGAACGAGUUGCCGGUCUGGGUGGGUGGCAAGGAGAAGAUCGUCGGAGGCCUCAACCGUCACACCAGAUGCGAGGAUGUCAUCGCAAUUCUCCUUCAAGACCGUUACAAACUUUCAAAGUGCGAACUGUCUCCUGCGAAUCUUGAGUGUUACGCCCUCUUCGAGAAGUGGCGGGGAUGCGAGCGUCAGCUGAGCCCACGGACGCGGAUGUAUAAGCUAUGGAAGGCGUGGGGAGCUGAGCGUGACAACGUUAAGUUCACGCUGAGGAAGAGCGUUGCUAUUUCUAAACGUCGUAACAGCUUAGACAGUGAAGUUGACGGUGAAAGUGGUGGGAUUAAGCUCAGAGAAAAGACCAAACAGAUGAAGAGCCAGGGACAGUACAACCUUAAAGAAGGGAUUGUAGCCUUUGACCUGAAGAAAAAGACUAGCAGUGGUGAAGGUCGGGUUAAUCGCGAAAGUAAGAAAAAGGAAAAGCGAAGACGAAGUUGGGCGGAUGAGAGUGACGUUGGUUUCUCUGACGUCCGCAUUCUGUGCCCGCCGCCGUUAGAUUGUGAUUCUAGCGCUUCGACAUCCAGUUCAAGCGGGAAAGUCACAGCAGAGGGUCCAACAACACUCGCAGAGGAAGUCGAAGGGAAGGCGAAACUCCUGUUAAACGAACAAGACUCUGAGGCCCUCAUCCAGAGGAUCUUAAAGCAGAGUCACCAGUUGCACAAUCUCCUAGAAACAAUAUCAUCUGUAGACACCGAUAUUGAUAUGUAUGAAACAAGGCUGCACAAUUUUAGAAUGCAUGCUGAUGGCAGGAAUUAUGUUCAAGAAGCUUAUCUAUCAGGUUCAGGUAAUGAUGGUGAGGCGGCUGAAGGCAAUAGUGCGGGUCACUUUGCCAAAUCCUUUGGACAUUUGAGCUUGGGAGAUCAGAGUCCUGAUCCAAACACGCGGGUUCCUUCAGCUCCUCACGAAGUAGCCAUUCGUGAUCUGGAGGAGUACACGGCACUCUGCGACAGACUCUUUCACGCAGAUGAACAAUUAAGACAAACUCAGGAUGUCGUUUCCGAUUUGGCCCAGGAAAUAUUUCAGGAAACCUCUGAGCAGCAGGCUGACCCUACUGAUAUGAGUGAAAUAAAACCUAGCACGAGACCGAGACGGUAUGAAAAGAAACGAGGUGCUUGUAGUACAAAGUUAACGCAAAACCGAGCGGCGAAGGAUAUAGGCGUUGCAAGAACGCAGUUAGAACGGUCCGCACAAGCAUCCGUAGCGAAAUGCAGUGAGAUUGACACUUUGCAAGGUGAGCUCCACGAGACUGAGAAAGUUUAUAACGAUAAAUGUGAUCGAUUGAACAAACUGACCAAUGAAUUAGCACAACUGGAGAAGGAUGUCCAUGAAAGGUCGACUGAAGAUGACGAAAUCCGCGUAUGCGUGGAACAGAAUCAUUCAAGCCCGGUGAACAUGCGCAGUAAGAACAGCUCAAUGGAAUCGAGCCUCGAUCAGGGUAUUGACCAUGACUUCUCACCGAUUGAUAUGACCAAUAGGAAAUCGCCGUCGAGGUCAUGUGACACGGACUCUAGCUCAGACACCGGACUGAGCUCACUUCACAGUCAAGACGAUUCAGAACAAAUGGUGUACAAUAUUGCAGAGACUUUAGUGUAAUUUAGCAUAGUGAGCAUUAUCAGGAUAUCUGUCAGUUCCCUGGCAAAUUAAGGUGCUACCCUCAUUUUCAACAAAAUUCAUAUUAUUGACAGGUAGUGUAGCAUAAUUAUGUCGGUGAAAGAACAGAGCUGCUUAGUGCCACUAACUAAAGACUCACUGAGAAAAAGAUGUUUGUAGCAUGGGUGAAGAACAAAUUGGUUUAUUUUAAUUUGGUCCAAUGCCAAUUUGUCCAAUUGCCAUCUGGUCUACCAUCAUUUGGUCUACCAUUAGUUCGUCCAAUAUCCACAUGGUCUAAUUGCCAUUUUGUCUAAUAACCAGUUGGUCCAAUAGCCAAUUAGUCCUUAUACCAUUUGGUCUAAUUAGACCAAGUGUUGAUUGGGGAAAUGAAUGAAAAUAAAUCGAAUAUUAGACCAACUAGUUAUGAGACGAAAUGGUCAUAGACGAAGUGAUGUUUGGACCAAAUGGUUGGUAUACAAAACGUUGAUGGACGGAAUGGCAUUAGACUAAGUGAAGAUAGACCAUGUGGUGAGUAGACGAGUUGGAAGUAGACGAAUUGGCAAUUUUUAUAUAUUGAGAAAUUUCCUCGCUAUACAUUUAUUACCUCAGCAAUGGUCCGGUUCAAUAACGACCAGUUAUUGUGGUAACUUGGCCAUUAUGAUACUAGACCUGUUGCCAUGGUAGUAGACAAAAUAGCAAAGCUCCAAUAGUUGUAACUGAUUAUCAAACGGGCCCCAGCUUUGUGAAAUGAAUAUAGAUCUUCUAAAUGCAGUACAUUUGAUCUGAAAUUAAAAUAUCGAGGAUAAUACCUCUGUGAUAUCCAUGUUGAUGAUGAUGCAGUAACAAAGCAUUUCAUGUAAAUGUCGGAAUAUUACUUGAUAAUAGAUGCAAGAUGGUUGUCUAGGUUGUCAGGCUCUGCAUCUUACCGAUGCAGAUGCAAAAUUUCUGAUUCAUUUGUUUUGAUUAUGCCCUUGGGAAUGUUACACUUACACAUGGUAUACGCCAUUCGGUAUAAUUAUUAGUUGACCUCUGCAAGUGGCCUAACUUUGGUUUGUUUGCAACCACUUUGUCAACUUACACUUUCCUUUCAUUGUCUUCUGACGUAGUAGUAAUUUCUCUUGUUACCCUGUUUGACAUUACCUAUUUGUUCCAAAAUGUUCAGGUUAUUUUAAUGCAACUAUUAGGAAAUUGCAUUUAACCAAACAGUAAUUAGACCAGGUGCUAGGCAUACAGAAUGAAUCGUAGAAUAUAUAACGGUUUUAAUAGCCAAAAGAAAGAAAUACAGUCUGGAGUUUAGAACAAGCCUUAUCAUUUGUAUUGGCCUUAGUUUUAGAAUCACUCUGCACAAGAUACGAAGACCAGGACCCCUUGCAUAAAAGUUAUCAUUAUGGUAACUUUGCUAUCAAGUGGUAACUACCAUUGUAACGAUGAUCAACAGCCAAUCAAAAUCAAGGAUUCCAGACAAGUUACCAUUGGAUGACAAAGUUACAAUAAUGGUAACUUUUAUUCAACGGGUCCAUGAUCCAGAACAGGACCUAGAUCUGGAUAAACUCCAUUUUGGGGAAGGUUUAGCCCUAGCACACUAAAUUAGCAUCGAUUAUGAACGUGGCAUGUCAUAUUUAAAGAACGAGGACUACAUUCACCACUCAUGUUUGAAACAGAAUCUCCUUUUUGAUCUCCCUUCAUCUCGCAGCCCCCCCCCCCCCCCCCCCUGAAGAACUGUCGAAAUUAUUCAUUGAUGUCCUGGGAAAAUUCAUGUUAAAGUUUCUAAAAAUGUUUGGUCAAGGCAUUUUACAGUUCAAGGUAUAUUGUUUUGGAUAAUUUGAAAUUCAUCUCAAUAAAUUUCAUAUACGAGUACAUUACUUAGUCAUCUUAGAUAAACUACAUUUUAGAUCGACGCUCUUUACUCUGUGAAGAAACAACCUCAUUUUAGAGGAGACCAUAGAAAAAAACAUAAGUAAACUGAACUGAAGAACAGAAUGACGACAGCAUUCCUGGAAUGUGACAGUAAAUUAUAAGAUAAUUUCAAGAUCCUUUAUCUGUACUUGGCUGUAUCAAAACGAAAUUUUAUUACAGAAAUUCAUUAAAGAAUAGUAAUAUUACUUAUAGUUUGAUGGGAAACUUCAUUAUGUUUAAGUAUGAUUUAAUUUUUGAAAACGUAAUGAUACUAUAAAAUCGUAUUUGUUUUGUUUUCAUUUAGACUUUGUUUUGUUAAUUUAUUUAAAUGUUAUAUCAAUGUGUGUAUAGAGCUGUUCAGGUUUUCUCAUGUUGAGUUCAAAAUGUUUUUUUAUGAGUGUUCCCUGUUCAUUUUCUUGCCCGAUUUCUAUGAAAAAGUUAACGCUUUUACAUCUUUAUGUGUAUAUGCCAAUUAUAUAGCCGUUUUUAUUUGUGUACAUAUAUUUAGACCAAUAAAGUUUAUCACAUUCAGUUGUA